AUGUUCCAGCGAUGCGCGCGAUUCAUCGGCUUUCGCAAUGCCAUCGCCCUUACGGCUGGCUUGGGUGUCCUGCUUCUUUGUAAUAGCGUCUUGUUGCUGUGGCAAUUCCGCUCGCCUUCACAACCCGCACAUCGCGACAAGCUGAUCCAUCAUGGUCCAAGCACGCAGCAAAUGCACCCCAUCGAUGAGCUCAUGGUAGACGCGCAACGCAAAUUUGGAGAGCUCAUCUCAGAACGAACAUACGACCUAAAUUCGGCAGCUGAAGCAUACCGACAAAGGCGCGGUCGUAAUCCACCACCUUACUUUGACGCCUGGUUUGAGUAUGCGCAAAAACACGAUGCGGUCAUUGUCGAAGGACUGUUCGAUCAGAUCUACCGUGAUCUAAGACCUUUUUGGGGUGUGUCUGCAAAGAGUAUGCGUGGCUUUGCACAACACUAUGAACAUCGCAUCUCAGUAAGAAACGGAACCGCCACCAGGACGGAAAACCAGGGUCCAGGCACGCCGACGGACCGUAUGUUCGCGUGGUGGGACAUGGUCAGGCGCAUGGAAGGCUUGCUACCUGAUCUCGAUAUCGCCGUCAACUUGAUGGAUGAGAGUCGAGUCAUCGUACCGUGGGAGGAGAUGAGCAAUUACACCGAGAUUGAGACCCUGACGAGGAAAAUACUGCCCGGUGACGAGACCAUCUCUGAGUACGGCAGCUUCCAAGCCUUGGAUGAGACGUCCGGAGAGCCGCCUCAAGUGAACUGGAUCGGACCGGGCGAGCCAUAUUGGGAGUUGGCGCGGAAAGCAUGUCCACCCGAUUCACCUGGCCGGAACCAAGUCGCCGCCACGAACCUUGCUGGACCUCCUCCUUUUCCUCGGGGCUAUCCAGAGCGCUCGUAUAAAGGCUACGUGCAGAACUGGGACUUGGUGAGAGAUGCUUGCCAACAAAAGCAUCUACAAGAGUCCCAUGGAACAUUCAUCGAACCGGUUUCGAUAUCAACGACUCACGCUCUAGUGCCCAUCUUCGGUGAAACGAAGUUGCAGCAAAAUUCGGAUAUCCUCAUUCCUCCCGCUGCCUAUCUCUCUGAGGCGUUUGCAGGCGGUGACUACUCAGGCACAAAUCGCCAUGGCAAGAAUUGGUCGGAGAAAACAGCAGGCGCUGUAUGGCGGGGUGUCGCCAGUGGAGGUCGUAACAAGGCAGAAAACUGGACGCGCUUCCAUCGGCACCGCUUCGUUUCCAUGUUAAAUGGGACAUAUGUGCACAACCUUGAGAUGGACUCAAAGGCAGCGGAAGGAGGCCAAACAUACAGCCCGCAGUCAUACACGACGUAUCAUCUAGAAGCGACGAGACACAUGAACAUGGGUACUUGGCUCGACCGGAUUGCGAAUGUCGGCUUCACGGACCUUUUGUGCUUCCCACAGUCUGGCAAGCGGACUUGCGACUACAACGAGCAGUGGUUCGGCACUGUAGAGAAGGUUUCCUAG